UCGCCGUCUGUACCUUGUUACGAAACAAUUCUACUACUUGUCCGAUUUUACAAUCUUUGGAUCGCAAUUAUAAAUCUAUAGAACAAUCUCUUCUUUGCAGCUUCAUCGUUUAUGGAUAAGAGUUAGCCUAAAAAUGGGAGCAAGUUUUCAUUUAAAACAAGCUACAGCAGUUUCAAUAGGAACUGAAACAUUUUGCUUUAAUUCAAAGUGGAAAUUUGUUAUCUGUACUGCAUACCACGGACCUAAGGCAUCCAUAAAAACAUUGUGAUGAAAGGUCUUGCAUAAUAAUUGAGUCAAAAUGAAACUAUCCUGAGCGUUUGCUCGUCAAAGCAAAGACUACGAGGAACUGGACAUUCACUCAUGUUUAAGAGAAGACUCAUUUUGUCCAGUUGUUUUGCACUUAAAGAUCAGUCCAUAGACUCGAUAAGAGCACCAGGAACAAAGUAGUAUCGGCUAUUCGCUAUCAAACAUCAAAAAUGCACCAGCAGUCAUUAACCCAGUUGGUGUGAGUAAUGUGGGGCAGGUUGAAAGGUGUUUUGGUUCAAAUCACCAUAGAGCCCAUGUUAUUCUUGGGCGCAUUUUCCACCAUCCUCACUUUAGUGCCACAAAACCAAUUAAUCCUUUACAAAACAUGUCUGGUACCAGAGUUUGAAUUAUCAGAGGAGUUCUGCCAACAAAUUAAUCAAAAUGCCAAUACCACUGAGUACCAAGAUCUCAUUGAACCGGCCGUGGCCCAAUUCAACGUGAUCAAAGACGUUGUGGCCCACGCUGUGCCCAUUUUCUUGGCCUUCUAUUUGGGCGCUUGGAGCGAUCAUUUCGGAAGAAAACCCUUGCUUUACACAACUCAAGUGGGCAAAGUCAUUAGUGCUGCUUUUGCUGUACUGAAUGUGUAUUUCAUUGCAUGGUCUAAAGAGGUCUACCUUGUGACAGUUAUUCUUCCUGAAGCAUUGACGGGAGGCUACUUAGCCUAUUUGAUGGCCGCUCACUCGUUCAUUGCGGAUAACACGAAACCUUCGGACAGAACUUUUAGGCUAUCAUUGGCAGGCUUUUGUUGGGGAUUUGCUAAUCCUAUUGGUACACUUUUGGGUGCCAUUAUGUUUUCUCAAGGAGGGUACAAAUGUGUUUAUGCUGCCCGAUUCGUAGCAAUUUUAAGUACAUGUAUACUAUUUAUUUUGCGACUGUGGAAAUUUGAAGAGAAUGUGGUUCGAUUGCGGAAAGAAGCUAUUCUUCUAGGAGAUAUUCCUAUUAAAUCGUCGUUGAAGAGCUUGCUGCACCCCAAGCACAUCAUUGAUUCUGUGCAAACCGUUUUUCGACGACGUGGCCAGAACAAACGAGCAUUUUUGCUCUUAAUUCUCGUCAUGAUUCUGUUCUUUGUCUUCACAGUGGACGGAGAACAAGCAGUUCAAUAUCUUUAUGUGGUUCGAAUUUUCACUUGGGGAGUGAAUGAGUACUCUGCCUACACCACGGUUUCCAGUUUAAUUUCCUCUUGCGGAAUGUUAGUGGCGAUGCCAAUCUUUCAUUUCUUCAAAGUUCCGGAUAUGGUGGUCACAUUUGUAGCAACGAUCUUGCUCAUAAUUGGCAAACUCUUAAUGGGAACUAUUGGAAAGACCUGGACCUUUUACGCUUAUUCGUGUAUGAAUGUCCUACUCGGAUUUCUUUUACCCGCGAUGAGAUCCGUGAUUUCAAAGUGUGUGACUCAAGAGGAAUUGGGCAAAAUAUUUGCCAUGUUGUCAUCUUGUGAGGCAAUUGUGCCAAUUCUAGGUUCAUUACUCUAUUCAAAUGUGUACCUCCUUACUGCCGAAUCCAACUAUCCUGGCACUAUCUUCUUGACUUCCGCUGGAUUCCUGAUGAUCAACUUAUUGUUUACAACAUGUAUCCUGGCUGCUCUAAAGGGAAGAAACAUCUCCACCACCACGAACUAUCCUGCCCCGAAAAUGAAUCUUGCAGAGAUUGUCGAAACACCGACUUUUGUCGCCAGGACAAGUCUUUGAUAGAGUUAAAUAUAACUAUUCAACGUUCGA